AUGAUGUUAUCUGAACCUUGUCAUAUAGUAGCUAUUAAUAAAUUCAUUCAGAUAUUGGCAGUCAUUUGUAGGAAGACUAUUACGAUAUUUAAAUUUAGACUUGGUUUCCUUAAAUUAGCUUAAAUUUUAAUUGAACACACAAAUUAUGUAUUCUGUUUGAUAUUAUGAAGCUCUCAAAUUAGUUAAUAUCUUUUGGAAAUAAUUAAUCAAUCUUUUAUUGGAGGGGUAACAAAAAAUUAGAAGGACAUUUUAGUUUUAUAAGUUGAGUCUUAAUUAAAAACACUGACAUCUUAGAAUCUCAGGUAGCGAUUCGAAAACGUUCUUAAGAAAUCAGAAAUACUGUAAUAGUACUCUUUAAAAAAUAGCUUCUACAUUAAUAUUAUAAGAUAAAAUGAAAAAAUUAAUUUAUAGUAGAAUAUUCUAUUAAUUUUGAAAUUUAUAUGGAAUAGCAAGC